AUGGAUUUAGAAGAAGGAACACGCGAGUUCCAUAAUCUUUUAUCAAAAAUACAUCCAAGAUUGCUUCCACAGUUUAUAUCUUGGAUUCAAGACCAUGUAGAAGUACUCGAAAGGGACCUACUAGACAACACUGAUGAUGAUGACGAUGACUAUGAUGACAAUGUGGAAAAUACUGAUGUAAUUCUAGAAAGUAUUCGUGAUGAUCUGCGACAAAUUAUUCCCUUCAGUGGAAUAUUUCCAUCUGAAAACAUUGUUUCUCCUACCAUUGGACCUAAUUCAGACUGUACUCCUCAAACAACUGUUCAUAUUGAUGCAUUUCUUUAUGAAGAAGAUGAUUUGAAAACCCUUGAAAGUGAUGGCAAAGUCAGUUUAUCUUAUUGCAAAGACUGUAAUUCCAAAAAUGUUGGUCCUUUUACUUUGAUUACACAUUCAGCAUCUCAAGCACAGGUAAAAUACAUCUUCCAAUACUUGUUACCAGAUCUUACUGGAAAGACGUUAUUAGAUGUUGGAUCCAGGUUUGGCCCAAUGUUGUAUGGUGCUUAUCUCUUAACCAAUGCAAAUAUUGAAGGAGUGGAAAUUGAUGAAAAUCUUUGUAAGAUACAACAGCAGAUUAUCAAAAAAUAUCAGUUUGAUGACAGAAUCAGGAUCUAUCACAAUGAUAUCCUUGAUCGAGCUGACCUCUUAGAGAAAGCAGAUAUAAUUAUUUUGAACAAUGUGUUUGAGUUUUUCAUGCCUCUAGAAACACAAACCAAGGUGUGGCAGUUUCUAAGCUCUCAUGUAACUCGUAGAGGAGUUAUGUUGAUUACACAUCCUAGUAUUGAAGAAUCCUUAAAGUACUUAAAGGUUGAUAUCAAAGUGAAUAACUGGAUGAAGGAAAUUGAUAUCAGUUCUCAUUUGAGUAAAGCUAGUCUCCUUCUACUUGGUAAAAGGUUACCUUCAGAAACUGACUUGAUCAAUCUGCAUCUGUAUGAAACACUGUAG